AUGUCCACCGAUGCCGUCUCAUCCUCCGCCCGCGGCGCUGGCUUCCUCAUUCUCCUGCAAGUUUCCUCCCGUGCCCUCACCUUCGCUCUUAAUCAGCUCCUGCUACGCUUCCUCUCUCCAACAUUGCUAGGCGCGUCAGUCCAGCUGGAGCUUUUUGUCAUUUCUGCACAUCACUUCGCGAGGGAGAGCCUCCGAGUAGCAUGUCAGCGACAGCCCGAAGGCGGCAUCCAAGCGGCCAUCAACCUAUCCUACCUGGCUAUUGCGGGAGGCAUUCCCAUUGUGCUUGCACUCGCCCAGUGGUAUCUCACUACAUCCCUCCCUGAUGUGCCGUACUUUGUCGAGUCGUUGCGCAUCUACCAGCUAGCAGCAGUCAUUGAACUCCUCAGUGAGCCGGCGUUUGUAGCUGUCCAACAGAACAUGCUCUACAAGUCACGAGCAGCUGCAGAAGCCUCUGCAGUUGUCCUCAAGACGUUGGCCACGGCCGGCACCGUCUUCUGGAGUCAGCAUGAACAACUAGAACUCGGCGUGCUUCCUUUCGCUGCAGGAGAGCUGGCCUACUGCUCGACUCUGACCCUGGUGUAUCUCUGGCAGACCAUCCCUGUUGCCACGAAUCAACACUUCUCCCUUCUGCCCAAAUCUAUCAAGUCGAGCACUGCCAAUGCCAAUGCCUUCCUUCUCUCCCUCUUCCCCACAUCACUCGUCAAUCUGAGCCUCUCACUUUACCUCCAGCAGGGUAUCAAAUACCUCCUUACAGAAGGCGAUGUCAUCGUCAGUACCACGCUUGCCUCACUCGAAGAUCAGGGCAUGUACGCCCUAUCAGCCAACUACGGUGGUCUCAUAGCACGUAUGGUCUUUCGACCCAUCGAGGACGCCAGCCGAAACCUUUUCGCCAAACUAUGUGGAGACGCCAAAGUGGACAAAAUGAACAGCGCCAGCACCACCAACAACAAUAAGAACACUGACAACAUGAAGCAAGCGCACCAAUCCCUCCGACUCAUCCUACGCGCGUACUCUAUCCUCUCCGUCAUCUGCUUCGCCAUCGGCCCUGCCGCAGCACCUCUACUCCUCCGCCUAGUAGCUGGUGCCCGAUGGUCUUCUUCCGGCGCGGGAGAAGUGCUCGGAAUCUACAGUAUUUGCAUUCCCUUGUUAGCCAUCAACGGCGUCAGUGAAGCCUUCGUCUCUGCCACUGCCUCCACCCAAGAACUCCGCAACCAAAGUAUCUGGAUGGGAUUCUUCUCUCUGGGAUUCGCCGGAAGUGCCUAUUUGUUCUUACGAGUGCUGAAUCUCGGGGCGAAAGGACUAGUCUUGGCAAAUUGCGUCAACAUGGGAAUGAGGAUUUUGUUCAAUUUGAGCUUUAUUGCAUCCUUUUUCGCUAAGCAGGGCGUGCGAUUUGGGAUGGUAGAUUUACUGCCCAACUCUUUUGUGGUAGCUGCUGCAGUGGUCAUGCCGAGCUUGAUCGGCAGAAUGCAGGGUCUUUUCGAGGCGUAUGGUUUGCUCGGAGAUCUGCUCCGAGUUGGUGGAAUCGGCGGAGCUUUUGCAUUAGUUGUGCUUGUCUCGGAGAAAGAUUUCUUGAGAGAUUGUUGGCGAAGAGUCCGGUCUUAAGUGUACAAUCUCAUAAAGGUCUUGAACUCGUCCCACGCGUCUUCCGCUCUCGAGAGGUGUAUCUCUUCUCAAGCGACCUUGGUAGUAU